AUUAAAUCAUUUAUUAAAGGAAAGUUAGAUCUAAUUUCUUCUGCAACUCUGUUAAGACCAUGAGCCAAACAUGUAACAUGUAUUAAGUUUUCAUAAAACAUUUUUAAAUUUUGUGCGGCUUUUACCAUGUACGGGGCAGCAUCGGAUAACAGCAAUAAACAUUUUUCUGUUGGAACGGCUUCCGGAAGAAAAAAGGAAGACAAUUCUGUCUGGAUAAAACGAGUUAUUGUCAAGUUAUUUAUUUUAUCUAAUUGCUUUGAAGCGAUUAGAUAUGGACCAAUUUGCAUUUUUUCGCGUAAUGAACCUAUCAUUAAAUGGGCUAUAUAUCGACCACAAGAGUCUGUUGUUUCAUCCACAAUAAUGAAGAAAUGGUUUCCAACGGUAAUCUCACGAAUUUUUUUACGAGUCUCAAUGUACAAACUGUCAACACCACGUUUGCAUAAUAUACUUUGCUCUGGAAUAUUAAAUUUACAGUAUUUUUGCAAAAAUGAUCGGAGAUUUGGAUUAUUUAAUCGUAUUAAAGGGAUAUUCGAAGUCACUAAAUCUUUGCAAAAAUCUUCAUUAAAAAUAGCUUGUUCACUUCUAGACGAUCCAAAUUCUAAAUAUUGUUUCAAGGGAAGUUGACUUUGUCUGCGAGUGUCUUUGCUUUGCUAUAUGUGAGGGUGUUUUCGCG